UAAAAUUGGAAUUCGAACUCAGACUGGUCGUUGGUUAUUCCAUUGUCGAACAAUCAAUUUCAACUAAUGAGUGGUUUAGAUGAAGUAAGGUAUUUUUCUGCUCUACCCUAGUUUCCAGCGAUUUUUAGAAUACUCAGAGAAAGUGAAACAUCUUAAAUGUCGCCCAGGGGACGAUGAUUUACUGGAGCUUUACGGCUUAUUCAAGCAAGCUAACGAAGGUGACAACGACACAAGGGACGAUGAUUUACUGGAGCUUUACGGCUUAUUCAAGCAAGCUAACGAAGGUGACAACGACACAACCGCUCCUUUUUUCAUUGAUUUCAAGGCGAAGGCGAAGUGGAAUGCUUGGAAUGGACGAAAAGGUAUGAGCAAGGAAGAUGCCAAAAAACAAUACAUUGAAGCCGCAACCAAGUGCAUUGAGAAAUACGGUAUGGCCUGAGGCUCAAGGCGCUAUUAGCUUAACAGGUUGUGAUGAUUUGCUUUUUAUACUUUUGUUCGUUCGUUCAGACAAUUUGGUUUGAAAUACAAAAAAAAAUUCAUAAUUUU